UGAACAUGAGUUUGAUUCGACCUGCUAGCCUAAACUCUCCACAGUUAAAAUAUUAAAAACAAAUCUCUGUCUUGCCUCAGUUUCUUCAGCAUUACAUUUGGAGCUCCCUCCCCCAGCCUUGAGAUAUGAGCUCUGACAGCAAGAUUAGAGAUUAGAGAACAGCAGGCCUUGGGUGGGGAGCCUUGAGCUGGCUGGACUCUUUUAGGGAAGUCAGCAUCUGGAUUUUCUUUCCCUGAAUCCCAUAUAGAGACCAGUUCCAGCCCCAGCAAGAACUCACCACUGACACCUCUAUUUUGGCUUCAGUAGAGAACUUGAUUUGAAACCCUCCAGAGAAGAUGCAAUUGGAUUUGAAAUGAAGGAAACUGCUGCACACCUAUGCUUUCUGUGGUAGAAAGUCAGAAGCAAAGAUUCAUGAGUGAUGGUCCCUGUGACUUGCCUUGGAGAGAAAUCUAUGUGACAAGUGAGAUCAUGAACUCUAAAGAGAAGCAAGGUGGAAUAGCUUUUAGAAAAAGGAGAGCUCUUCCUGGACAUCAGGGAAUCCACUCUGGAGAGAAAGUCUAUGAAUCUGUGACCUUUUUCUCUUCUGGGAUCCCGACUCAUGCUUGCAGGUCCCAGGGAACCUGAAGCCAGAGGGAAUGGGCCCUGGGAGCCUCGGACCUCCUCUUCAGGAGGUGUUGACAUUCAAGGAUGUGGCUGUGGACUUCACCCAGGAGGAGUGGGGCCUCUUGGACCGUUCUCAGAAGGAGUUGUACAAGGAGGUCAUGUGGGAGAAUGCCAGGAAUCUGCUCUAUCUGGGACUUCAAGUUCCCAGAGAAGAUAUCAUCUUUUAUUUUAACCAAAGGGAAGCAUCAUGGAUGCUGGACCAAGAAGGCCUGAGGAGCUGCCCUCCAGAAGAUGCAAUGGGACUUGAAAUGAAGGAAACUGCUGCACACCUAAGCCUUUCUGUGGUAGAAAGUCAGAAGCAAAGAUUCAUGAAUGAUGGUCCCUGUGACUUGCCUUGGAGAGAAAUCUGUGUGACACGUGAGAUCAUUGACUCUGGAGAGAAGCAAGGUGGAAUACCUUUUAAAGAAAGGAGAGCUCUUACUAAACGACAGGGAAUCCACACUGAGGAGAAAACAUAUGCAUGUUACCAAAAUGGAAAGGUCUUUAGGCAAAUGGAAAGCCUUACUGCCCAUCAGACAAACCACACUGAACAGGAACCUUAUGAAUCUUAUCAAUGUGGAAAGGGUGUUACAAACAAUAGAUCACCUACUUCACAGCAGGCAUUCCACACUGGAGAGAAACCUUAUGAAUGUAAGCAGUGUGGAAAGACCUUUAGGCAAAGGGCAUCUCUUACUGCACAUCAGGCAACCCUCACAGGAAAGAAACCUGAUGAAUGUAACCAAUGUGGAAAGGCCUAUAGAUGUAAGACAAAUAUUACUGUACAUCAGGCAAUCCACACUCCAGAGAAACCUUAUGAAUGUAAGCAGUGUAGAAAGACUUUUAGUCGUAAAGGAAAUCUUCUCAGCCAUCAGAAAAUCCACACUCGAGAGAAAACUUAUGAAUGUAAGCAGUGUGGAGAGACUUUUAGUCGUAAAGGAAAUCUUAUCAGACAUCAGAAAAUCCACACUGGAGAGAAACCUUAUAAAUGUAAGCAGUGUGGAAAGGCUUUUAGUUGUAAAGGAAAUCUUACCGUACAUCAGAGAAACCAUAUUGGAGAGAAACCUUAUGAAUGUAACCAAUGUGGAAAGGCCUUUAGGCAAAAGAGGAGUCUUACUGCUCAUCAGAGAAUCCACACUGGAGAGAAACCAUAUGAAUGUAACCAGUGUGGAAAGGCCUUUAAGCAAAGGGCAUCUCUUACUGUACAUCAGAGAAUCCACACAGGAGAGAAACCUGAUGAAGGUAACCAAUGUGGAAAGGCCCAUAGAUGUAAGACAAAUCUUACUGUACAUCAGAGAAUCCACACUGGAGAGAAACCUUAUGAAUGUAAGCUGUGUGGAAAGGCUUUUAGUCAUAAAGGAAAUCUUAUCAUACAUGAGAAAAUCCACACUGGAGAGAAACCUUAUGAAUGUAAGCAGUGUAGAAAGGCUUUUAGUCGUAAAGGAAAUCUUAUCGUACAUCAGAGAAACCAUACUGGAGAGAAACCUUAUGAAUGUAACCAAUGUGGAAAGGCCUUUAGACAUAAGAAAAAUCUUAAGGCACAUCAGAGAAUCCACACUGGUGAGAAACCUUAUGAAUGUAACCAAUGUGGAAAGGCCUUUAGGCAAAUAGGAGCUCUUACUGUACAUCAGGCAAUCCACAGUGGAAAGAAACCUUAUGAAUGUAACCAAUGUGGAAAGACCUUCAGUUAUAAGAAAAAUCUUACUGGACAUCAGAGAAUCCACACUGGUGAGAAACCUUAUGAAUGUAACCAAUGUGGAAAGGCCUUUAGGCAAAUAGGAGCUCUUACUGUACAUCAGGCAAUCCACACUGGUGAGAAACCUUAUGAAUGUAACCAAUGUGGAAAGACCUUUAGGCAAGCAGGAACUCUUACUGUACAUCAGGCAAUCCACAGUGGAGAGAAACCUUAUGAAUGUAACCAAUGUGGAAAGGCUUUUAGGCUAAGGAGAAGUUUUACUGCACAUCAGACAAUCCACACUGGAGAGAAACCUUAUGAAUGUAAGCAGUGUGGAAAGGCUUUCAGUCAAAAAGGAAGUCUUAUCAUACAUCAGAGAAUCCACACUGGAGAGAAACCUUAUGAAUGUAACCAAUGUGGAAAGGCCUUUAGAUAUAAGUACAAUCUUACUGAACAUCAGAGAAUCCACACUGAAGAGAAACCUUAUGAAUGUAACCAAUGUGGAAAAGUCUUUAGAUAUAAGACUUGUCUUAUUGUACAUCAGGUAAUUCACACUGGAGAGAAACCUUAUGAAUGUAAGCAGUGUGGAAAGGCGUUUAGUCGUAAAGGAAAUCUUAUCGUACAUCAGAGGAACCAUACUGGAGAGAAACCUUAUGAAUGUAAUCAGUGUGGAAAAGCCUUUAGACAUACAAAAAGUCUUACUGCACAUCAGAGAAUCCACACUAGAGUGAAAUCUUAGGAAUGUAAGCAGUGUGGAGAGACUUUUAGGUGUAAGACAAGUCUUACUUCCCAUCAGAAAGUUCAUACAGUAGAGAAUCCUUAUGAGUUUAUUCAAUAAGGAAAGGACUUUAUAAAAAUCUGAUUGGCUAGAGCCAAAUCUGAAGAAAGGUAAAGGUAUUAAACUAAGAAGGAAAAUGAAUCAGGUAUAUUGGGAGAAGAUGUGGUGGUAUUGAUGCCUUCUAUAUUUAGCCUUCUCUAAGGAUAACCCUAAGGAUAUAGGGAGAAAGGAAACAAAAGAUGACUAGACAUAGGAGAUAGAUUCUUAUGCAUAUUGGAUCCUUCUUUUUUAUCUGUUCACCUAUUUGAAGAGCAGUGUGAUGGAAUGUAAAGAUGGCUAGAUUUGGAUGCUGAAGACAUGGGUUGAAAUUUGGAUUCUGUACCUCUGUGUUUUUAGCAAAGUAAUCUCACUUAAUGGGACUUGUGGUAUUUAAGUAAGAAUUAGGGUCUCUUCUGAUUUUAAAUUCUGUGGGGGAAUCUAAGCAUUCAAAGAACAGCUUGAAGAUGAAAUCUAUCCCUUCUGUCAAUUCUUUCUGGGUCACCAGCUUCAGAUUAGACCUAAUAAAUCAGAUUACUUCACUAAGCCGUCUACAUAUGACUGGAGUUUGGAGAAGCAGAAAAAUUUAAGGAAUUCUAAACCUAGAUCAUUGAGUCAUUCCUAAAUGGACAAUUCUACAAUUCCUGUAAUAGAUUUCUUGCCAUUUUCCUUCAGGCAAAGCAUUAUGUUAAUUAAGGUGUUUUUAAGAAUUAAAGAUUUCACUUCUGAGAUGACAGUUUAUAUCAAUCAAAUUUGCUAUGUUUACCCAAAAGUUGGUCAUUAGAAUCAGAGGAACAAUAAUAAGUGUGGGUAAGUAUGAAUUGGUUCAGCUGUUGCUAAAAAAUCAUUUGAUAUUAGGAUUUGUUAAAAGGUGAUCAAAUGCCCAUCUUUUCUGACACAAGAGACCCCUCUGCAAGGCAUAAAUUCAGGUUCAAGCUACACUAAGAUUAAAGUGUUUUAGUUUGCUUCAAUUUGCUUUAAUUUUUUUCCUUUCCUUAAAGAGAUCCCAAAAUGAAAAC